AUGGGUAAACCACGAAUGAUCAUCGUCAUUCGCCAUGCGCAGAGCGAAGGAAACAAAAACCGCGACAUCCACCAGAUGAUCCCAGACCACCGUGUCAAGUUGACCGAAGACGGUUGGAAGCAGGCAGAGGAAGCAGGCCGACGACUACGAGGAAUGCUCAAACCAGACGACACGAUCCAAUUCUUCACCUCCCCCUACCGCCGUACCCGCGAGACCACUGAGGGUAUCCUUUCAUCCUUGACCUCCGAGACCGAAGAAGAAGGCCCCUCGCCAUUUCCCCGCCACACCAUCAAGGUCUUUGAAGAGCCGCGACUGCGAGAACAAGACUUUGGAAACUUCCAGCCAUGCAGUUCAGAGAUGGAGCGCAUGUGGCAAGAGCGCGCCGACUACGGUCACUUCUUCUACCGUAUCCCCAAUGGUGAGAGUGCUGCCGACGCCUACGACCGUGUCAGUGGCUUCAACGAGAGCCUGUGGCGCAACUUCAGCGACGACGACUUCCCCUCCGUCUGCGUACUUGUCACACACGGUCUGAUGACAAGAGUCUUCCUAAUGAAGUGGUACCACUGGUCGGUCGAAUACUUCGAAGAUCUUCGCAACGUCAACCACUGCGAGUUUGUCAUCAUGCAGAAGAACCUCGACAGCGGCAAAUACGUCCUACAAAACCAGAUGCGCACAUGGUCCGAGUACAAGAGACGAGCCAUCCCGCAGCACAACCAACAGGUCACAGCCAGCCAAGUCGCUUCGCCUGUCAUACCUGCUCGCAAAUGGGGCGGUUGCGUCGGCGGCUGCACACAUCAACAUUCAAAGUUUCCUCGUCGCAUCAAGAAGCAAGACGAGGCGACAGCAAAGGUCCCCGAUAAAGAACAAGAAGACCACCCCAUCGCCACUGGAGAGGUCUCCAUAUCUUCAACUCCACUCAAGGCUUCAAGCACAGCAAGCACUACCGAGCCCAACUCUCCCAUAUCUUUCCGCCUUCCUACCCGUCCGAGCUUCCUUCACGGCCGUGACGGCGGCGGCUCACUCUCCGGCAUGGCCACUCCAGCUGAAGGCUUCUCUGACGUCUCAGGCACCGAAAGCGACUACUUCGCCCGCAUCCAAGAACACCACCGCAACCUCUCAGACGCAAACCCCAACAACCCCUCAGCCGCCUCAUCUGCGAAACGCAGACCUACCGCCAAGGACCUCGAGAAAUGGGGCCGGGAAAGCGGUAUGGGAAGCGGAGCUCGAGCCGAUGCGUUAGGAGACGGGGACAAUGAGCACGACGAAAACGCCGAUGGUGACGACGAGCACGACGAUCACGACGAGAAUGUCGUCAAGAUGCACGAGCCUAGCGAGAUCAUCGAGGAGUUGAAGAAACAAGAGAUCCACGACAGAAGUAUCCAGGGCAGUGUUUAUUGA